GAACUUAGCCGCUGGAGGGGUCCCGCUCGGGUUCGGUCGUCGCGUCUCCUCGCGCGCUUCCCGGUCCGCACUGUGCCGCCUCCCGCCCUCGGGCAGCGUGGGGAGCUCUCGUACCCUGGAGGUCCUUGGAAGACUUAAGAAGAUACUGAGCUUUUCUGGCCCUAAAUGGCUACAGAAUCAAGAAAGCCUUCUUCAGCCCCAUCACCACCAGACCAGGCUCCUGAAGAGGACCUUGUCAUUGUCAAGAUAGAGGAGGAUCAUGGUUGGGAUGAGGAAUCUAGUGUGCAUGAAAAUAACACACCUGGCCAAGAACUGUUUCGCCUACGCUUCAGACAGCUCUGCUACCAGGAGACAUUAGGACCUCGGGAAGCUCUGAUCCAGCUUCGUGCAUUUUGCCAUCAGUGGCUGCGACCAGACUUGAACAGUAAAGAGCAGAUCCUGGAGUUGCUGGUGCUGGAGCAGUUCCUGACCAUCCUGCCUGAGGAACUGCAGGCUCUGGUUAAGGAGCACCAGUUAGAGAAUGGAGAGGAGGUGGUGACCCUAUUGGAGGACCUGGAAAGGCAGAUUAAUGUCUUAGGGCAACCGGUCUCAACUCAUACACAUGGGCACAGAGUACUCUGGGAUGAAGUCAGACCUUCAAAAUCUACAUCAGAACCUCCAAGCAUUCACAUCCAGCCCUUGGCCACCAUGCCUAAAUCUCCAGGGCCCCAGAAGCUACAAGACAGAGGAGAGAGGCCAAAUUUCACUUAUAAAGCCAUGUCUUCUUCUCAGAAACCUACUCCUUCCCAGAAAGGAAGUUCUGGAGAUCAGGAGGUGACAGCUAGACUUCUCACUGCUGGGUUCCAGACUUUGGAAAAGAUCGAAGACAUGGCUGUGUCUCUUAUUCGAGAAGAGUGGCUUCUUGAUCCAUCACAGAAGGAUCUGAGUAGAGAUAACAGGCCUGAGAAAUACAGAAACAUGUUCUCCCUGGAUGGUGAGACCAGGAGUGAGAACAAGGAAUUAUUUUCAAAACAGGUAAUAUCUCCCAGAAUCCAGCCACAUGGAGAGGCAACUACCAAGUGCAACGGGGAUGUUAUCGUGGGUCUUGCGCAUGGAGAAACCCAAGACCUUCUGGGCAAAUUAGAGAGGCAGCAGGGAAAUCCCACACAAGAAAGACGACAUAAAUGUGAUGAAUGUGGGAAAAGCUUUGCUCAGAACUCAGGCCUUGUUCGCCACUGGAGAAUACACACUGGAGAGAAACCCUAUCAGUGUAAUGUGUGCAGUAAAGCCUUCAGUUACAGGUCAGCCCUCCUUUCCCAUCAGGAUAUCCACAAUAAAGUGAAGCGCUAUCACUGCAAGGAAUGUGGUAAGGCCUUCAGUCAGAACACAGGCUUGAUCCUGCACCAGAGAAUCCACACUGGGGAGAAGCCCUAUCAAUGUAAUCAGUGCGGGAAGGCCUUUAGUCAGAGUGCAGGCCUUAUUUUGCACCAGAGAAUUCACAGUGGGGAGAGACCAUAUGAAUGUAAUGAAUGUGGAAAAGCGUUCAGUCAUAGUUCACACCUCAUUGGACAUCAGAGAAUUCACACUGGGGAGAAACCGUAUGAGUGUGAUGAGUGUGGGAAAACCUUCAGACGGAGCUCACAUCUUAUUGGCCAUCAAAGAAGCCACACUGGGGAGAAACCCUACAAAUGCAAUGAGUGUGGGAGGGCCUUCAGUCAGAAGUCCGGCCUUAUUGAACAUCAGAGAAUACAUACUGGAGAAAGACCCUAUAAGUGUAAAGAAUGUGGGAAAGCUUUUAAUGGGAACACUGGUCUCAUUCAGCAUCUGAGAAUACAUACAGGGGAGAAGCCCUAUCAGUGCAACGAAUGUGGGAAAGCCUUUAUUCAGAGAUCCAGUCUCAUUCGGCAUCAGAGAAUCCACAGUGCAGAAAAGCCUGAAACCACAGGAGUUUAGGAGAAGCUUUGGUUGUAGUUUGAGCAUUAUUUGACAUUAGAGAAACCAUGUAUUAGUGGAAAAGGCUAAUGAAAAAGGGCAGAAUCUGUAGCUGUAACAAAGCUAAGAAUAGCACUUGGCUAGUUUGGGCCCAAUCCCUGAUAUGAGUUGAUUAGCUUGACUGCUCUUAGGGGCAUCUGAUGAAGCAGAGCCUUAGCAACUCAGUGUAUUCUUCGGAAUAACAGCAAAUUGCUUAUUGUGAGUUGAAACACUAUGUUUUGUCUUUCCUAUGAGUACCUCUAAGUUUGAGAGAGGCUACUCCUCCAAGCUUUUCUGUUUCUUCCUAUUUCCUGUGGUCUCUUUUUUGUCAACCCUCUGAAGGUGCCCUUGUAAAUCCUAAUCUAAGAAGAUGCUUGAGUUCAAGGCAACCUCAAUAAGAUGAAGAUUUGUGUUUGGCUUUUAAAUAUCCUAGUUAGAGAGAAAUUGUAAGACAUUUAAAUUAUUAUUCUAAUACUCCUAGAUGAUAGAUAUCCAUAUUCCUCCACAAACUCAAUGCUAUAUUUUUUACAGCACUGUAGCAUUUUUCUUCAUUUAGAACCUUUACUGAGUCCAUUGAGUCCCUGAGCAUCUGUAUAUAUCCUUCACCACCCCCAGUCUCAGUACCUGUGUCAACAAAAGAAGUGGACGCAUUAGUAAUGAUGGUGGGCGUGAUGGAAAGAAAGAGGUGAGUGGAGACUCAGCCUGGCUAUUCUUGAGCAUGGACAGUUGUUUCUCAAGUUGUCUUCUGACUCUCCUUCUGCCUCUCCACUCUACACUGUGGUUUGAAAAAUAUUUGCACUAGCAAAGCUUUGGCACCACAUGAAAGACAGAGGUGCUUGAAAAAGACAUUAAAAAUCCUUACAAAGAAUGUACAUCAUCCCUCUUGGCCAUUACAGUUCUCAGGUUCCUAUCAGUCUAUAUAAACUCACUGACUACAUGGUCAGCCUGGACCGACCUCCUCAGAUGGCCACAGCAGAUCCAUCAUUAUCUUCCAUCUGUUUCCUUCCAUUUGCAUAUCUCCAGUAUCCACCAUGGUAAUCUGUCAAAUACCUCACUCUGACUCCUCAUCCUUGUACAUUCUGGUACACUCCAUCAGUCAUCUAACAGCAAAGAUACACUAUUACACUCAUUGUCAUCAGGCAUUGUAUUUCACCUCUGAGGCUUUUAGCAUAACAUAGAAUAUAGUAUGUGUAAAGUAAUGAGACUGGUUUUAAAGGAACACAUCAGAUCUUGUGCAUCUAAAAUGUAGUGUCUUUUCAACUGAGUAAUUAUACUUACUACUUAAUAAAUACUUGUUAAAAUGCAUAGUCUAAAGUACUAUGAUUCUAGUAGUGCUACUAGUCCUCCAAAUACUGGGAACAAUCUUAGAAUUCUCAUGUAAUGAGGAGCAAGAAAACCAUCUGUUACUGUCAAUUAUAUUUCAUGUUUGACCAUUUGACUAGACAGUGGGCUUGGAGUUGAACAACUUUUGCUUUGCAACAUUAAUCCUCACACUUAAAAUUAUUCCAUUAAUCUUACUCAAAAGGAGUUUCUGAUGAAAUCUCUGAAAAAGAAAUAAUUUUACACCAUGACUGUCUUGAAAAGGAUCAUCUUAGUUUCUUUGGUUAACUUUCUCAGAACAGAUGUCUCCGUUAUUUGUUAUUUUCUCAUCCUCUAGUCUGUUUGUUUCAUUCCUGUUUCAUACAGAUCACCAUUCCUAACUCCUCACUAGCACUCCUCACCACUGAGCCAUCUCUCCAGCCCCAAUUACUUUUUUUAAGACAAGGUUGCAAAUGUUUAAGAAACCAGAAGCAGGUAAAUCUGCCUAUGUCAAGAUCCUUGCUUCCUGCUUGAGUUGUGCCUUACCCUCUAUAAGUCAGGGUUUCUGCAUAGGUCAGUUCUAUGUUACGUAGGAUAAGUACAUUUUCAGGGCAGCUAGAUGUCUGCAUGUGUACAUAUAUGCAUGCCCACCCCUUUCAUGUACUUUUGUGAAGUACCUACCUUGAUUUCUAAUAAAAUUGCCCUUUUUGUAUUUGUACUCAGAGUAAUAUGUACCGGAUACUUCAGUCUCAGAAUUACUAAGCAUCUGGCGGAAGUCCAGAGAAAAGCAAGUAUACUUGGGAAGAUUAAUGUUAUACUGUGGUGAAUGUAAAAAAGGGUGGUCAUUUAAAAACUAGUUAUUGGCACCAUUAUAGUGAGGCACACCUUUAAUUAUAGCAGUCAGAAAGCAGAGGCAGAUGAGCCACCCUGGACUGCAUAGCAAGCCAGCCUUGAAUGUGGUGAGACCAGUCUCGAAAGAAAGAAAGAAA